GUUCAACCAUCUUGCUUUAGUUUCUUCUCUCUCAUUCCCUCGUAAUUUUGUUUCUGUUUCUCUUUCUUACGUCUCUCUUAUAAUCUCAUUUUUCAACUCUGUAGCUUCAAAAGCUCAGCUGAGGAAAAGCUCUGUCCCUUUUUGGUUAAUACCAGCCAAAAAAAAACAGACUCAGCAUCCUCUCUUUCACUCAUUUUUGCUCUGAGAAACCGACUUAAGCUGUUGGGCUUUUUCUCUUUCUUCUUUUUUUAUUUCAUGUUUUUGGGUUCGUUUUCUGCCGUUUUGGGCAGAUGGGUGUGAGAUUAUUCCUGGGAUUUAUUGAUGUCGUGGCUGAUACUGAGUCUCUAUACAUCACUUCACUUGGUUGACCCCACUUGCCAGAAUUCAAUUUCUUUUCUUUUUCUGUUUUGUUUUCUUUGAGAAGCAAAUUAAUCAAAUAUGAGCUCUUUGUCUCUUUACCCAUUAUUUUUGGACGUGUGAGGUGUUUUUGAGCUGUUAUAUCCAUAAGUGGGACUCUUGGUGCUCAAACUUUGGUGUAUGGGUUUUUUUGUUUGAGACUGGAUUGAUUUAUCUAGUUGUAGUUUUUGUUCAAUUUUCAGCCUUUCUUGCUGGGUUUCUUUAAGCUUGGAGUUUUGGUUCUUCUUUCUUCUUUAGAGGUUGAAUUUCAAUUGUCUUCUUCUGUAGUUACAGAGCUAUAAGCUUUUUGGACUUAUCAACCUUUUCCGAGAGUUUUAUUGUGGGUUGUACGGAACAUGGAUUUCGAGUGAAGUGCUAAUUUGAAGAUCUAGAUUUGACUGUAUCUAUCUAUAUUUAAUUUUUAUUGAUAGAUUUUGAGGAUUUCUGAGAUUUGGUUUGGUUUGUGGAGUGAAAAACUGAUAAGAGAAGCUACUACACAGAAACUGGGAAGAACUUCUUUAGCCUUAUUGAAGCUUCAAAGUCAAUCAGCAGUAUACAUAAUAUUAAAAUGGCUUCAAGAGUUGAGGAUGAUCAAGAAACAGACGACAGAGGCAGUAUGUGGGUUUUAGAUCAGAAGCUUGAUCAACCUAUGGAUGAGGAAGCUGGGAGGCUCAGGAAUAUGUACAGAGAAAAGAAAUUCUCAGUGUUAUUGCUUCUGAGGCUUGCAUUCCAAAGUCUUGGAGUGGUUUUUGGAGAUUUGGGUACUUCUCCCUUAUAUGUCUUCUACAAUACAUUUCCUGGAAAAAUUGAAGAUACAGAGGAUGUGAUUGGUGCUCUGUCUUUGAUUAUAUACUCUCUCACUCUUGUCCCUCUUCUCAAGUAUGUUAUCGUUGUUUGCAAGGCGAAUGACAAUGGUCAAGGUGGAACAUUUGCUCUUUAUUCCUUGCUAUGUCGACAUGCAAAAGUUAAAAUUAUUCCUAACCAACACCGGACUGAUGAAGAGCUAACUACAUAUAGUCGUUCUACUUUUCGUGAACAGUCUUAUGCUGCAAAAACCAAGAGAUGGCUGGAAGAGCAUGCAUACAGGAAGACUUCCCUUCUUCUUCUUGUUCUUGUUGGCACUUGUAUGGUGAUUGGUGAUGGGAUUCUUACUCCAGCUAUAUCUGUCUUAUCAGCUGUUGGUGGGAUCAAAGUAAGAGGCCCCAGUAUGAACUCUGAUGUUGUUAUACUCGUUGCGGCUGUAAUAUUAGUAGGACUGUUCAGUAUGCAGCACUAUGGCACAGACAAGGUUGGGUGGCUCUUUGCUCCGAUUGUUCUCCUAUGGUUUCUCAUAAUUGGAGGUAUAGGCAUAUACAACAUUUGGAAAUAUGAUAGCAGUGUUCUCAAAGCUUUCUCGCCUGUGUAUAUAUACCGGUAUUUUAGAAGGAAUGGAAAAGAUGGAUGGACCUCCCUUGGUGGUAUAAUGCUUAGCAUAACAGGAACAGAGGCACUCUUUGCAGACCUUGCCCAUUUUCCAGUUCUAGCUGUUCAGAUUGCUUUCGUUCUAGUUGUCUUUCCUUGCCUUCUUUUAGCUUAUUCCGGACAAGCUGCAUACCUUAUGCAAAACCAUGAUCACGCAAGUGAUGCAUUUUAUCGUUCUAUUCCAGUAAGCAUAUAUUGGCCUGUAUUCCUUGUUGCAACUGCAGCAGCUAUUGUCGCAAGUCAGGCCACUAUAUCUGCUACCUUUUCAAUCAUUAAGCAGGCACUUGCUCAUGGAUGUUUUCCCAGAGUCAAAGUUGUGCAUACAUCAAAGAACUUUCUUGGCCAAAUAUAUGUGCCAGAUAUCAAUUGGAUCCUCAUGAUUCUUUGUAUUGCUGUGACUGCUGGAUUUAAAAAUCAAAACCAAAUUGGAAAUGCUUAUGGGACCGCGGUCGUGAUAGUCAUGUUGGUCACCACAUUGCUUAUGACUCUAAUCAUGAUCCUAGUUUGGCGCUGCCAUUGGAUUAUUGUGGUGAUCUUCACUGGUUUAUCACUGCUUGUGGAGUGCACUUACUUUUCUGCUGUACUUUUCAAAGUGGAUCAAGGUGGAUGGGUUCCACUUGUGAUUGCUGCUGCUUUUCUUCUCAUUAUGUUUGUUUGGCAUUAUGGAACUGUGAAACGUUAUGAAUUUGAAAUGCAUAGUAAGGUUUCGAUGGCAUGGAUUCUUGGACUUGGUCCAAGUUUAGGACUUGUUCGGGUUCCUGGUAUAGGACUUGUGUACACCGAACUCGCAAGUGGCGUUCCUCACAUAUUCUCUCACUUCAUCACAAACCUACCAGCCAUCCAUUCAGUUGUUGUAUUUGUUUGUGUGAAGUAUCUUCCAGUGUACACAGUCCCAGAGGAAGAAAGAUUCCUGGUAAAGCGAAUUGGACCAAAGAACUUCCACAUGUUUCGCUGUGUUGCAAGAUACGGCUAUAAAGACCUUCACAAGAAAGAUGAUGAUUUCGAGAGAAAGCUCUUUGAUAACCUUUUCAUGUUUGUACGGCUUGAAGCCAUGAUGGAAGGUUGUUCCGACUCUGAUGAUUACAGCAUUUACGGCCAGCAAACUCAGCAGUCACGAGAGGGCUUCAUUAACAACGGUUGUAACACAACUCGCUCCAGUGUUGACCUUACCAUCUCUUCAGUGGAUUCAAUUGUACCUGUUAAGUCUCCAACGCAUGGGAACUACAAUACAGUCGGGUCUUCAGGUCAAGUGAGCAGCCACACCGAGGUUGAUGAGCUAGAAUUUUUGAAUAGUUGUAGAGAUGCUGGAGUGGUGCACAUACUGGGGAAUACAGUAGUCAGAGCAAGGAGGGAGUCAAGGUUCUAUAAGAAAAUAGCUGUUGAUUAUAUAUAUGCAUUUCUUAGGAAGAUAUGCAGGGAGAAUAGUGUGAUAUUCAAUGUUCCCCAUGAGAGCCUAUUAAAUGUUGGUCAAGUUUUCUUUGUCUAACUUUUAUUUUUGCACUAUCAUCCUUCAAUAAUAUAUUUUACAAUCUCA